CAAGCCGCCAUACCAUGUAUUCAGAGCCGCAACAGAGUACGAAAAACACACAGACGGAGGCACAGCCGGCACCGCCCCCGAUAUGUGUGCCCCUGCUCAUGGUCGAUGAGGAUGGCAGGAGGCGGUACUGUUACCAUGGCGGCAAAUGCCGUUGCGAAAUGUGCGAGAGAAUACGGCAAGCACAGCAGGAGGAACUGGACAGGAAUCUUGAUGCAUUUAUACCACAUUACCGUCUCAAGCUGGAACCGGCCAUACGUCAGGUGAAGCACAAGCAAUAUAAGCUGGAGGCUAGUUACGUUUCGCCGGAAUAUGGUCUGAUGCUGCUCAAGGAUCAUUUGCAGAUAGUCAAGGAUAUUCCAACCUAUUACCUGCCGGACAAGUAUUAUCAGAAAGAUGCUUGGCGCGUUAUUGGUCCGCUGGACAAGGGCACGCAAACCGAAAUACUGAUUGGCAACUAUGGUGUCGAUGGUUGUCCGUGUCCCGAGAAGACCGUUUGCUGGGAUAUCUAGUCCUGUAAGAAUCGCUAGGGGAAUAAAGACUCGAGAUGAGUUUGUAUUAAGCGCA